AUGGCUUCGGAUAUACGACAGGCACUUCUCUUGGUGUUGUGUGUCUUCAAUUACUUCAUGCAUUUGUGUGCUGGAUCACAAAUUUGGAGUAUAUUUCCAAUGGAUUCCCAUUCGUCCACUUUGCUGGGCGGUGGCCUGAGCGCUGUAAGCGAUAGGCUUUUAACAAUCAGAUUAGUAGGCGUUGACCUCUUUCGAGAAAACGGACUUUACUUCACGACCAGCAAUUCUACUUGCGCUUUGGUGAAAAGUAGCGGAGCGUUCUACCCAUCUCAGUCAUCUUUGGACAGGACUAAUGCUUUAAUUGAAGUCAAAUUUGAACAUCUGCCUGGAGAUGAUGCUUUUUGGUAUAUGUGUUUACUUGUGAAAAAUAACGCUUCUGUCGAUGGUGGUUAUGUUGCAGAACAUCAGGGCUCGGCUGAAUGGUUGAAAAUAAAAGUUUACAAAGAAGUGAUAGUAGAUCCGUAUCUGCUACCGUUAUGGCUUCAGAUAACACUAUGUUUAGUUAUGUUAGUGCUGUCUGGUUUAUUUAGUGGGCUGAACUUAGGUUUGAUGUCGCUGGAUCAAACAGAACUGAGGAUCAUUGAAAAAGUUGGAAAUGAUGAGGAAAAGAAACAUGCUAAAAGAAUAGCCCCGUUGAGGAAACGGGGAAACUUUCUGCUUUGUACACUGCUGCUAGGAAAUGUGUUGGUAAACAGUACUUUUACAAUAUUUUUUGAUAAUAUGACUAAUGGGCUUAUCGCUGUUAUAUGUUCAACUGUAGGUAUUGUGGUUUUUGGAGAAAUUAUUCCACAGGCCAUUUGUUCGCGUCAUGGUUUGGCCAUCGGUGCUAGAACUUACUGGGUUACAGUGUUUUUCAUGAUUGUUACAUUUCCAGCCUCUUUCCCCAUUUCUCUUGUCUUAGACUGUGUUCUUGGAGAAGAAAUGGGCCAGGUGUUCAAUAAGGAAAAACUCCAAGAAUUGAUUCGCAUGACUGCCGAUCGGCAAGUCUUACAUGAUAAUGAGGCAAACAUAAUUUCUGGUGCAUUGCAGUUGACUAACAAAAGUGUUGAAGAUGUGAUGACAAAAAUUGAAGAUGUUUUCAUGUUAGAUGUCAACACAGUAUUGGAUUUUGAGAAGAUGACAGAAAUAAUGCAUCAGGGUUACACACGUAUCCCCGUUUAUGAUGGUGAAAAAACCAACAUCAUUAGUCUUCUUAACACUAAGGACCUUGCUCUUAUUGACCCAGAUGAUAAAACUCCACUGAGCACAGUAUGUAAAUUCUACGACCACAGACCUCUGUUUGUCGACUAUGAUCUCAGGCUGGAUGCAAUGCUUCAGACAUUUUUGCAAGGCAACUCUCACAUGGCGAUCGUACAGAAGCUACACAACACAGACGACCAAGACCCUUACUUCGAGACACUGGGAGUCAUCACGCUGGAGGACGUCAUUGAAGAGAUCCUGCAGAGCGAAAUCGUCGAUGAGACCGACAUGAGAAUUGACAAUCGACAGAAGGGAUGUCGUCCACUUCGCCAGAAAGAGGAUUAUACAAUGCUUGUGCCAGAUGAACGAAAAUCGACCUUACCAAAGCAGUUGGCCUUUGCAGCUUUCCAGUUUUUGACCACAACUGUCGAGCCAUUCUCUGAUAAAUUCAUUGCCAGAAAUGUGCUGAAGAACUUGAUGAAGAAAGAUAUUGUGGUAAACCUGUCUCCCACGGAGCCUGAGACCAUAAAGAACUACAUCUAUAUAAAAGGAGUCCCAUCUGACAAGUUUGUGCUGAUUCUGCAGGGCACAGUGGAAGUUGUGAUUGGGGGUGAAAGUAUGGUGUUUGAGUCAGGACCAUUCAGCUACUUUGGAGUAGAAUGUAUCGACAAUGCAAGAAAGUGCAUGGGGACCUCGGAAACAAAGAGUUCAGACUACAUCCCUGAUUUUUCAGUCCGAGCAAUAACUGAUGUCCAGUACCUGAGCAUACACAGGGCAAUGUAUAUUGCUGCUCUGCGCACCACAAGGAUGCUGCGACAAAGUGGGAGCAUUACAGUUCAUGAUGCUUUUGAAGCUGAGUACGAGAAGGUCAAGUCCAGUGAAAAUCGUAGUAAAAGCAACAGUGUAUCUGACAGCUACUCUCCCCCUCUCAACAUGCCUCUAGAUGCUAUAAAGUACGAUGAAACAGCAAAGAAAAAGUCAACGUCAUCUCUAGACCGCCUCACAUUUUUUCAUCGCAAAAACGAUCCCUUAGAAGGUAUGUACCGGAUAAGGCGCACUGGUUCCGAUGCUAAAGAUAGAAGUCCGGAAAAUCAAGAAAUGAAUGGCAAAACAAAUGAUCACAGCAUGUCAGCAACGCAAGUCAGCCCAACAUCAGAUUGGAAAAAAAAUUAUGACUCAUUUAAUGUACCUUACGGUAAUCGCAAACUGAAUCACCUCAGUGAGGUUGAUGAUAGUAAAACAAUUAAUGGGGGGGAUAUUAGAAGGACUGCCUCAUCAGGGAUCGUGAAAUCAAAUGUGCAGGCACCAAAUGCUGGUGAUACUUCUGUCAAACUAGACUCUGCCAGCGAUGAUUUGAACGACAGUAUUAUCACCAUUGAAGAUGGCCAGCAGGAAAAAGUGCCGCUGGUUGUCAUUGAAACAGCAGGUGGGCACAAAAAUACAGUCAACUUGACUAUACAGGUGUCUCAGGCCAACAAUCGAGUCAGUAAAGAUGCAGAGCGUGUGCCACUCAUGAAUCGCGAUGCAGCUUCUGAGGAUUUUGCUUCAUCUUGA